AUGAUACAUAUCUCUUCGUCAAGCAAGAAGAACCGCAAAAAUCGUACAAAACGGCAAGAGAAACCACCGUACAGUUACAUAGCUCUUAUUGCAAUGGCUAUUCAAAAACGACCGGACAAAAGGGCAACAUUGGCAGAGAUCUAUACAUUCCUACAGGAGCAUUUUGAUUUCUUUCGAGGGGAAUAUGUAGGAUGGAGAAAUUCCAUAAGGCAUAACCUUUCGCUGAAUGAUUGCUUCGUCAAACUGCCGAAGGAGGCUGGAGAGAGAGGUCGCAAGGGUCAUAAAUGGACAAUAUCCGACAACUGCGAAUUUCUCUUGGAAGAAGGCGCAUUUCGACGACGUCCACGUGGCUAUAAAGCGAGGAAAAGACCCAUGUAUGGUCAAUUCAACCAGGUCAGCAAGAAUCCAGGGUCAGCAGUCCCUUCUGUACAAUGCGCAACUGUUCCCGAAGUGUCCGUCUUGAUGUUAAGGGUACCUUAA